AUGGGUCUGCGUGGGGAGCACCCCAGCUACGCGCUGGGGGACAUCAGCCACCUGGACCCGGACCCCCUGGGGAACGCCUGGUGGCCCCCCGCACCCCCCUCCUGGGGGCCCCCGCCCUACUCUAGACCCUCGGCCAAUCACAGUCGUCCCCAGCUGAGGAAGCUCCAACACAGAGUCACUGAGCUCAAGCUGCUGGCUCUCCUUCAGAGUAAAGAAGCAGCCGUUACCGCCGGCGACGGAUGCCCCGCCCCCCUGCUGAGGACCAGUCUGCGCUCCCUGCAGGCUGUCAGGAAGAGCCGCAGUCUGGAGGGCUCAGACUCUGGCCACGCCCACUCUGGCCACGCCCACCUGGAGGCCCAGUGCCUAACUCCUCCCCCCAGAGCCAGGCGUCAAUCAGACGGGUCUCCUGUCCAUCAGGGGUCCACCGCCUCGAGACGCCUCUCCAGGUCCACCAGGACCCCGCCCCUCUCCCCAGGGGGUCCUCACCCUCCCCCGUCUGCUCACCCGUCUAGGCCUGGUCGGGUGUCAUCCUCUCCUCACCCACACCCCUCCACUCACCCCCACCCCACCACUCACCCUCACCCCUCCACUCACCCGUCAGCUCACCCUCACCCCUCCACUCACCCGUCUGGACAUGGUCGGGCGUUCUCCGCUCCGGCCCGGAUGUCUGUGGUGGACUGGAGCAGGAACCGGAGCUCGGUCCAGCGGUAGAGCGGGAGGAACCUGGACUGAGGCUGGGGUUCAGACAGGAGAACCUGGACUGAGGCUGGGGUUCAGACAUGAGGAGAACCGGGACUGAGGCUGGGGUUCAGACAGGAGAACCUGGACUGAGGCUGGGGUUCAGACAUGAGGAGAACCGGGACUGAGGCUGGGGUUCAGACAGGAGAACCUGGACUGAGGGUGGGGUUCAGACAGGAGAACCUGGACUGAGGGUGGGGUUCAGACAUGAGGAGAACCUGGACUGAGGGUGGGGUUCAGACAUGAGGAACCUGGACUGAGGGUGGGGUUCAGACAUGAGGAACCUGGACUGAGGGUGGGGUUCAGACAGGAGGAGAACCUGGACUGAGGGUGGGGUUCGGACAUGAGGAGAACCUGGACUGAGGGUGGGGUUCAGACAUGAGGAAACUGGAAUGAAGCUGGAGGGGUUCAAACGUCAGGAGAACCUGGACUGAAGCUGGGGUUCAUACAUGAUCAGGAACCUGGACUGAAGCUGGGGUUCAAACACGAUGUGGAACAGUUUUUGGAAUCACAUGCAGUCAGUUGGUUAGUUGUCAUUGCAUAUUUUUGGCUUUGAAACGUCGGCAGCAAUAAACAACCUGGUAAACUGUAAACAGAAUCUUUGCAAACUGUUUUAACACCGUCUUAACAUGGGUCAACUGUAAACUUUGUUAACUGUUAACUUCGUAAACUGUUGACUGACGUAGAUCCACAGACCCGACCUGUAAGCAGCGUCAACACUGACGUAGAUCCACAGACCUGACCUGUAAACAGUGUAAACUCUGACGUAGAUCGAUCAGACCUGACCUGUAAACAGUGUAAACUCUGAGGGAGAUCCGUCAGAAAAGAACUUGUAAACUCUGACGUAGAUCCAUCAGAACAGAACUUGUAAACUCUGACGUAGAUCCAUCAGAACAGAACUUACGGUUGAGUUCCUGAAGCGGAACAAGAAAGAGCCUUGAGGUUGACCUGUGAUCACAUUUUAUUGCAUUUUAUAUACAAAGUGUAGAAAAGGUAAAAUGAGUAAAUUGAGAGGUCACUGAAAAGCACACGAACAAGCGCUAUGUACAUUUAGCUUGGUGUACAACAUAAUAGUUUUCUUCUCGAGUCAACAUGGUCAACGUUUUAAACGCGACACUUUCUGUAGCCGCUUUCAAACAGCAGCGCUUUCUUUUCAUAAAACAACGAGUAAUGCAAUAAAAGCUCAAACUAUACAACGCCUUAAUGCAAAUUCCUUCGGCCACAUUUUUUGAAAAAGGGGAACCAUGAGAGCGGGAGCGGGCUGACGGGGGCUAGUUGUCAGAGUCCAUGUCACUGUCUCCUCCGAUGGAGUGGAACUCCUCGCUCUCCUCGUCCUCGCUCAGCUGAACGGCUGACAGCACGGCCGGCACGCCCCUCCUCCGGGCCUCCUCUUCCUCGUCCUCCUCCUCCUCCUCCUCCUCGCUCAGCCCGUACUCCCCUCCGUUGCCCAGGCCCGUGGACUCCAUCUGGACCCGCCCCUCCAUCUGGACCUGGCCUUCCAGAGGGCCCCGACUCUCCAGGUCGUCAUAGCUCCCGUAGCUAGCAGCACAGAGGGGGAUACACAUUGUUAUACCUCUUUAGAGUUAGCUCCUGUAGCUAGCAGCACAGAGGGGGAUUUACAUUGUUAUAACUCUUUAGAGUUAGCUUCUGUAGCUAGCAGCACAGAGGGGAUUUACAUUGUUAUACCGCUUUAGAGUUAGCUCCUGUAGCUAGCAGCACAGAGGGGUUUUUACAUUGUUAUGCCUCUUUAACGUUAGCGUUGCUGGCACUAGGGACGCUAACUAAAUGAAACUAGCAGAACUAGGGCUGCUGUUUGGAGUGAUUAUUGGUUGACGAUUGGCGGGCUUAGCUAGCUUAACAAAGCCCAUUUAAAUGAUUAGUGGUACCAGCUGUUAGCGAGCUGAAUAAGACCCACGUUGGGCUGAUUA